AUGCGGGGAGAUAGAGACACCACCCGGUUCUACACCGCCCGGUUCUGCAAAGCCUGGUUCUACACCGCCUGGUUCUACACUGCCCAGUUCUACUCCACCUGGUUCUACACCGCCCGGUUUUACACCACAAGGUUCGACACCGCCCGGUUCUACAUCACCCGGUUCUACACCACAAGGUUCUACACCGCCCAGUUCUACUCCACCCGGUUCUACACCACAAGGUUCUACAUCACAAGGUUCUACACCAAAAGGUUCUACACCGCCCAGUUCUACUCCACCUGGUUCUACAUCACCCGGUUCUACACCACAAGGUUCUACAUCACCCAGUUCUACACCACCCGGUUCUACACCACAAGGUUCUACACCGCCCAGUUCUACUCCACCUGGUUCUACAUCACCCGGUUCUACACCACAAGGUUCUACAUCACCCGGUUCUACACCGCCCAGUUCUACACCACAAGGUUCUACAUCACCCGGUUCUACACCACAAGGUUCUACACCGCCCGGUUCUACACCACAAGGUUCUACACCACAUGGUUCUACACCGCCCAGUUCUACACCACAAGGUUCUACACCGCCCAGUUCUACACCACAAGGUUCUACACUACAAGGUUCUACACCACAAGGUUAUACACCGCCUGGUUCUACACCACAAGGUUCUACACUACAAGGUUCUACACCACAAGGUUCUACACUACAAGGUUCUACACCACAAGGUUCUACACUACAAGGUUCUACACCACAAGGUUCUACACCACAAGGUUCUACACCGCCCGGUUCUACACCACAAGGUUCUACACCACAAGGUUCUACACCACAAGGUUCUACACCGCCCGGUUCUACACCACAAGGUUCUACACCGCCCAGUUCUACACCACAAGGUUCUACACUACAAGGUUCUACACUACGAGGUUCUACACCACCCGGUUACAUACGCUAAGGUUUCGGAACCUUUAAGCCAUCUGGCCCAGCCCAAAUGAUGAUGUCAUAGCUUUUUGAGCGUCUGAUUGGUUCAGUCAGAACACAGGCGUCUCACCUGCGGAGGUGAAGCAGCAAAUCAGACUCUUCCUCGUUUUUUGUAUAAGAGAAUAUUGUAAUAGAGACAUGAGUCACAUCUGUUGAUAGAUGAUGAAUUCUGGGACGACCUGUGGAAAAGCAGCCAGAGAAAUUAACAGCCAUUAUGGAAAUAAUCUGAAGCUCAAAAUUACUUUCUCUAGUUUUGUAAAGUAUUGAUCAACCAUAUAUUGUUAUCCAAGAUAUCCAGCUAUGAAAGCUGACUGUAACUGAAUGGAAACAGUCAACUGAUGGAAAAUACCUCUGUUAAUACUGAUCUUUCUGACGGGAGGGGGCGCUGUGUUGAAAUCUAAUUUUAGAAAGUGGGUUGUUAAAAUCUCAUUUCAUGUAAUUUUCCUUUGGAAUCAAUAAAGUAUUUUAGUAUAUUUA